UAGAAACACUUGAUUCAACAAUUCACGCAGUUCCACAGAUGAAUUUGUCAUGGAUUCAACAAAAGUAAACGAACAAGUUCCUGUUGAGAAUGAAAGCUAUCAACCGCAGCCGGAAGAAAUCCAAAAAUCGUUCUUUGAUUUCCAUCAAAAAGCUGAUGGCUGCCAACAGUCGCUGUCCUCAUCAUCCUCAACAUCUUUGGUCGCAGGUGAUUCAUCCUUGGAUUCUGCUAAGCAGAUGCCAAGUAAUGACGGUGGAACAUCAUUGAUGUUUGGUUCGCUGAAAACACAUGAAGAAGUUAAGAAAAUGUCUUCGCGUCAAUACGCAACCGUUAUAAUCCUUUGCUAUGUCAACCUAUUGAAGUACAUUGACAGGUUUACUGUUGCAGGUAUUUUACCGGAGGUCCAAUGCGCUUUCGGCAUCAGCGAUGCUCAAGGUGGCUUACUUUCAACUGCUUUCAUUGCGUCCUACAUGAUUUGUUCACCCAUAUUCGGCUACCUGGGUGACAGAUUCUCCCGCAGGAUCAUCAUGGGAGUCGGUAUCACUUUUUGGGGGUUAUCAAAUUUGGCUGGCUCGUUUUCCGAAACUUACGGCCUCCUCUUAACGUCGAGAAUUUUGGUAGGCAUCGGUGAAUCGAUGUUCUCCACCGUGUCACCGACUAUCAUUUCCGAUGUGUGCAAGGGCGAUAUCCGAUCUAAGUUCCUUAUCCUUUACUACAUCGCAGUUCCUGUUGGAAGUGGUCUAGGAUUUAUCGUUGGUGCAUCGAUGGCUAGUGCUUUUGGUUCGUGGCAAUGGGGUCUUCGAGUCACACCUCUUUUGGGCUUCGUCGCAGUUCUGCUCAUCGUUUUUGUUGUGCAAGAGCCACCCAGAGGAGAGGCCGAGGGAUCCAGGUUAUCGGCUACUUCAUAUUGGGACGACCUCAAAUACCUGGCGAAGAACAAAACCUACAUAUUUGCAACAGCUGGUGGGACUCUAACAUCAUUCGUCGCCGGAGCAAUGGCCUGGUGGGGACCAAAAUUCAUUGCGCUAGGACAAGCAACAACGAAAGGCGAAGAUGUUUCAUAUGCCAAAGUGUCUGCAAUCGUUGGCGCUGAGGCAGCGCUAGCUGGAAUAAUGGGGGUCGCCACAGGAUCGCUGCUCGGCCAAAAGCUAAGGAAACGUUAUCCAACGGCUGAUCCUCAAGUUUGUGCUUGGAGCAUGGUGAUAGCUGCCCCGUUGUUCUAUUGGGGUUGUUACGUUGCUGCCGGUCCUCCUAUACCAACAUACAUAAUCCUUUUCUUUGCCCAAUGGCUCCUCAACGUCAACUGGGCUCCAGUCGGUGACAUCCUUUUGUAUGUCGUUAUCCCAACAAGACGUGCCACAGCUGAAGGAUUCUUUAUCCUCAUUUCUCAUGCUUUGGGUGAUGCUGGAUCUCCGUACAUUACCGGCCUGGUAUCUGACAGCUUUAAAGCAUCACUUACAGCUGCUGAAGAGUCAAAGAUUAUGCCGUACGAUUUCUACGGCGGAGCGGUGAUGUUGGACGAAUCCUCCGCUAGCAAUAACUGCUCCGGUUCCUCGUUCAUCGAUCCCGAAACGGUUGACAUAGACUAUCUGUCCUUGCAGUAUGCAUUUUUUAUUGGGACUAUCAUCGCAGAACUUAGCGCAGUUUUCUUCUUUGCCAGCGCAUGGUAUAUCGUACAGGAUAAAGCCUUAGUCGACAAGGCAGUGACAGAACAUAACGAAAGGAAACGACUAGAAAUGAUUGAACAGCAAACGACAUCUACGACAGCUAAACCCGCAGGGCCUGAAUUUGUCGAUAGCAUUCCCAGAAGAUACUGAUAAGCGAGAUGUACU